AUGUCCUCGAAUUCCUCCCACCUCUUGGAGCUGCCAUCUUUCCGCUGGAAGGACGAGGCGGGGGGAGCCCGCCGAGACCACGGCCUCAACCCCAAACCGGCCCACAGGGACCCUCACCCCCGCGGGGGACACGCGAGGACCCCAGAGCUGGGGGAGCCCGGCUCGUUGCCUUGGCAACCAGCCCACCGCCCGCUUCCCCUCGCCCUCGCCCCGCCUACCGAGCCCAGGGAGGAGGAGGAGGAGGAGGCGGAGGAGGCGGAGGGCGUCCCGGAGGCGGAGGGCCCGGAGGCGGCCAUGCUGGGCCCGGAGGGCGGCAUGGAGGAGGAGGCGGCGGCCCCCCCAGGCCCGGCCCGCCGGCUGGACACCGUCCUCCGGGGCCUCUACGACUUGGGAGAGACCCCGGAGAGGCCCCAGGCGAAGCCCAAGAAGAGAAAGGAGAGCGCGGGGCAGCGGGAGGUGGCCUUGGGCCUGGAUGGUCCCGGAGCGGGCCCGGAUGGUCCCGGAGCGGGCCCGGCCGCCGCGAAGCCCGGGCACCGCCCGAAGCGGACCCGACACUUCUUCGAGGAGCUGCGGGGAGAACUGCAAAGCGUCCAGGGCCCGGGUCCGGGCCCCGCAGCCCCGGGAGCCCCAGAGGCUCCGGAGGGCGGGAGCCGGCCGGUGCCCGUGGUCGAGUUUUGCAGCCGGAGGAAGCAGCGGCAGCCGCCGCAGCCUGAGGCGGGUGGAAGGCCCCAGGCCCCGGCGCCGCAGGCCAAAGCCAGCGUCCUGAAGAAACAAGGGGAAGAGCCGGUGUUUGACCUGGAAAAGGCUCGUUUGGAGGUGCACAGGUUUGGGAUCACCGGCUAUGGGAAGGGGAAGGAGCGUGCCCUGGAGCGGGAGCGAGCCAUCAUGCUGGGGGCAAAGCCUCCCAAACGCGAGUACGUGAACUACAAAGUGUUGCAGGAGAUGGUCAAGUUAAAGAAGGCGGCUAAAAACGAAGGCAGCGGAGCUUUCGGGGAUCCGGUCCAGGGCCCAGCCACUCUACAGCAGAUGGAGAGGAAGCCCAAGAAGAAAUAUGCUCCGAGAGUACCGUUUGGGUCCCAGACGGGUCAAGUGGGGAAAUUCCAGAAUGGGAUGUUGCUCCUGAGCAGCCAGGACAUCAAGAAGAUCAAUUCCUCCCGCGUGGUCCGGUGAGGAAGGUCAGCCGGACGGAGGGGCGGCCAGAAUACCGGCACCGCCUCUGCCACCGCGGGGGCCUCCGCCCAACCAAGAACCCCAGAUCGGGUCGUCCGCUUCAGACCCGUCUGCCCCAGCAUGGCAGGAACAACUGAGGCUGUGUGCCACCACCGUGGACCAACUGGGCCUGUGCUUUGGACUGUUUCAGCCUAAGGGGCCAGGAUGAUUAUUAUUGUGGCGUUUGUUAAGCACUUACUGUGCGUCGAGCACUGUACUAAGCGCCAAGAGAGAUAUCAGCUAAUCGGGUUGAACGCAGUCCAUGUCCCCACAUUGAGGUUUCCUCACAGUCCUAAUCCCCGCUUUACAGAAGAGGAAACUGAGGUACAGAGAAGUGAAAUGACUUGCCCAUGGUCACACUGCAGACAAGUGGCAGAGGUGGGAUUAGAACCCGGGUCCGUCCUACUCCCAGGUCCGUGCUCUAUCCCCUAGGCCAUAUUGCUUCUCUUGUACUCACAUUUGUCUUGACAGAUGCCCGUGGAACUGUAAUAAAAGUGGGUUUGAGAAGUG